AGAAUCCGAAUCCAAAUCCAAACUCUAAUUAUAAAAAUUCUUUUCCGCCACUCGCCGUCGCCGGCGACCGAACCUCUCUCUCUUCAAGUUGAAGCACGGCAGCGUCCAUCCUAUUACUUUAUAUCACCGGAUUGUGGCUUCAAUUUUUCAUUUCUCAUCUCAAUAAUUCCUGAUGGAGCUGCUGUAACAUUCUCAAUUUCGAUUCUUUUUCUAAUUCUAGGCGUCCUAAGGAAAGCGCUGUUUGCUCACAAGUCACAACUUACAUAGAAGUAUCUGUUGUUUACACUCAAGUCAUCAAUGGAAACAAAGCAUGCUUUACCUAUUCAAAGAUCAGGCCCAAGACAAAUUAGUAGCGUUGGGGCCUCAGCAUCUCUAUCUGCUUCAUUUCCUAUUCCUUCAACUGUUCUGGAAGAGACUUAUCCAAGGUUUUCUGAACCGCAGCAGGGUUCUUUAGAGAGGGAACUGAUGCAGCGUCCUCCAGCUGUUGUUUCAUCAUUGUCUUCCAACAGUGGGGCUGUUGGACAUAUAUUUUCUUCUUCAUCAGGGUUUUCUACUGAUCUCCAUUUCUCAUCGGUCCAACAGCAACAAGAAAAGCAUCCUACACAAUCCCCUUUCAUUUCUCAAUCAACAAGUAGUGGAAAAUCAGAUAAAUUACCACAUUCUGUUGAUUCUCAACUUCUUCAAUCCACUGCAUCUAGUCAUUUUAACAGAGAAAGCAAUGAGUCUUGGUGCACGGAUACAUUGCCUGAUUUUCUUGAUUUCCCAAUGAGUACGACAAUCCAGAGUAGUCAGUUGUAUGGAAGUAACAGUAGUGGCAUCACCAUUCCUCAUGAAGAUCUAGGUAAACCCAAUGAUUGGCAAGACUGGGCUGAUCAGCUUAUUACUGAUAAUGAUGCUUUAACUGCUGAUUGGAGUGGGCUUCUUGCUGAUGCAAGUGUUGCAGAGCCAGAACCAAAGGGAAACAACGCAUGCGCUGGACCCCAGCAGCCUCAUAUACCACAACAAGUUCCCAGUACACCUGGAGAAAUUUGCAAUGGUGGCGCUCAAUCAUCCUCUAAUGCUGCUCCAGGGAAACAACGCAUGCGCUGGACCCCAGAACUUCAUGAGACCUUUGUUGAAGCAGUCAACAAGCUUGGUGGCAGUGAAAGAGCUACCCCCAAGGGUGUUCUCAAACUAAUGAAAGUUGAAGGCUUGACCAUCUAUCAUGUCAAAAGCCAUCUACAGAAGUACCGAACAGCUAGAUACAAACCAGAGACAACAGAAGAGUCUUCGGAGAGGAAACCUGCCUCCAUUGAAGAUUUUUCAUCCCUGGACUUAAAAACGGGUAUUGAGAUCACUGAAGCACUGCGACUACAGAUGGAAGUCCAAAAGCGACUCCAUGAACAACUUGAGAUUCAAAGAAAUUUACAGCUUCGGAUAGAAGAACAGGGAAAAUAUCUUCAGAUGAUGUUUGAGAAGCAGUGCAAGUCAGGCACAGACUUGCUCAAGGGGGCUUCAUCAAGCAGCGAGAAUGCUUUGAAAGAGUUGAAAGAUAGUUCAGCAGUAGAAGCUGAAAACAAGGUUUCAGAAGGUGAGCCAGCUAAAAGAUCAGGAGAAACUUCUCAGAUGGCAGGCAAGAAGCAAAAAGCACCUGAAGGUGUGCCCAGCUCACCACCUACAAAACGUAAAAAAGUUGACGAGGAAGUGAUAGUAGCAACGCAGCCCAGUCCUUGGUAGGGGCUAGGCAGAGCUCACAAGAAGAUGUGAGAUUUUCAGUUUGUCUGUUAAAUGAAACUCAGAUCAGAGGCAACGGUUUUUGUUUCCCAAUCUCGACGAUUUAGAGUGUUAAACUUUUUGGGUGCCUCCCUCCAACUUAAUUUUUAGUUGAAGCAAUGUACAAAUGUUGGAAACAAUAAAUUAAAUGUAGAAGUGAUGGGAAUGAAAUGAAGUUA